ACAUUUCCCAAUCAACCAAAUGUGUAUUUUGAAGUGAGUUUUAUUUGUUCCGUGAAAGAAAAAUUGAAAUAAAUAAAAAAAAUAUGAAUACGAUGCAAAAGGAAGAUACCGUUCAGGCAGUUUUGAUAGCCGAUGUCUAUGAUAAAAAACUUCAACCGUUUGUGAAUGAAGGCAGCACUAGCUUGCUGCCGCUGGUAAAUACGCCUAUGAUUGAUUACGCUCUGGAAGCGUUAAAUAGAUCGUUAGUCGAAGAGGUUUUUCUAUUUGCAACUAAUCAUGUCGAUGAAAUUAAGGCGCACAUCAACAAAAGAAUAGGGGAAAAAUGUACGUGGUCAAUUCAAAUGGUGGUCCAGGUGGUUGGAUCUGAUGGAUGCCAUUGCUUGGGUGAUGCUUUGCGUGAUUUGUACGCCAAGCGAUUGCUGCGAAAGCAUUUCAUUCUAUUGAAUGCUGACACAGUCACUAAUGCCAACUUACACACCAUUCUUCAAACUCACAUUAAAAAAUGUGCAUUCGAUGAAGGUACCUCGAUGACGGUAGUGUAUAAAAAAUCGGCGCCCGGAAUUUCCACCGGUCAAGAGGUUAUAAUUGCAAACGAUGCUCGAACGAAGCGAAUGUUGUUCCAUCAACGUGUCAAAGCCAAUACAAAAACAUCGCGGUAUUGUGAUUUUCCAUUAGAGAUUUUUUCAAAUUCCGACGUUGAAAUAAGACAUGAUUUAUGCGAUCCGGAUAUUGCAAUCUGUGCACCAUCCGUUCUUUCGUUGUUUGCCGAUAAUUUUGAUUUUCAAACUCGCGACGAUUUCAUUCGUGGACUUUUAAUCAACGAAGAGAUAUUGGCGAGCACCAUUUAUGUGGCUGAAUUGUCCAGCCAACAAUAUGCGGCCACAGUAAAGGAUUGGCAAAUGUAUCGAAUUGUUAGUCACGAUAUCAUCAAUCGAUGGGCUUAUCCCUUAGUUCCCGAUAUGGGAAUUUGCAGUUUGCGACAAGAGUACAUGUUUUUACGAAACAAUGUAUAUCGCAGUAGAACCGUUCAAUUAGCCCGCAGCGCUAUAUCAAGGGAAAAUGUUGUUAUCAACGAUGAUUGUAUCGUUGGCGAUGGGAGUGAGCUAGGAAAUGCAGUCAUCGGAAAAAAUUGCAAAAUCGGACGAAAUUGUGUACUCGAAAAUGCGUAUAUAUUUGAUAAUGUUGAAAUUGGAGAUAAGUGUGUGCUUAAGGACUGUGUAAUUGGAAAGAAUACAAAAGUUGAAAAUACAUCAAGCAUUCACAGUGGAGCAGUUAUUGGCAGCAAUUGUAUCAUUCCCAAAGAUAUAGAAAAGGAAUUCGUUGUUGCACAGGCUGGCACUGAUGAAUAUGACGAUGCAACUUACAAGAAGAUCGGCGAACACGCGUACAUCAUGAAACUAAGCGAGACUGAGAAAAUUGCAAAAACCGGUGCCGAUUCAGACGAAGAAAGUGUAUGCGCCGAAUUGAAUAAUCUUCAUAUGACAGAGCGUGUUUAUAAAUACGAGAGCAGCAUUUAUAGUUCAAGUGACGAUGGUUCUGAAUCGAAUAGAGAUUCUCCUGUAAUGCUCGACGAUGCCAAUAUUUUCCUAGGUGAAGUAAUCGAUUCGCUUGAACGCGGCUUCAAAGAGAAAACCAAAUCCGAAUAUCUGGUGCUGGAAAUAAAUUCAUCACGUUAUGCAUACAAUAUGUCAUUAUCUGAAGUGAAUUUCUAUGUGGUUAAGGCAUUACUCAAUUUGUAUCCAAUUAAAGAUGAAUCAAAUGGAAAUGUUUUAACGGCAUUCAAUCAAAUAUUUGCACAACUUCACGGUGUACUGAAAAACUAUAUACGCGGAGCAGAAGCCAUGGACGAUUGCUUAAAAGCUAUUGAGGAGAGUUGCCAUCAAAAUGAGAAAUUAAAAUCGAAAAUCGCGCAAAUCAUUCACUUCUUAUACGACAAGGAAAUUAUAACCGAAGAAAGCAUUCUUUCAUGGCACGAUGAACUCGAUGAUGAUAAAGAAUGGAUUCGAAGCUCAUUAGCUAAAUUAAUUGAAUGGUUGAAUGCAUCGAGUGAAGAAGAAUCAAGUGGUGACGACGAAUGAAGAAGUUAAUGGCGUAGAACGGAAAUUUGCGUGCAUAAAAAUGUACACGGUCAUGUGAAUAUGUCGGCCUUCAUCUAUUCACCCCAACGAUUCUCAUUGCUAUCUAAUUACUGAAAACAAAAUAACAAAAAAACAACAACAUUUGUACCGAGAAAUAAAGAAGUAAAAAAAAGAG